UGAAACAGAGCAGCUACCGAAGCGAGCAAGUUGAAGAAGAAGAAGACAAAACAUACAUCGAUGGAUCAACCCGUUCCGACUGAAGCAGUGAACUCGGAUGAUUGUGGUGCAGUGAAUCAGGUGAGGAAGCUUCUAUUUCGGCGAAUGCUUGUGGGAAUCAAAGACGGAAGGUUCUUCUUGGGCUCCUUCUACUGCAUCGACAAGCAAGGUAACAUCAUUCUUCAGGACGCCAUCGAGUACCGCAGCACUCGCCAAUCUUCGCCUUCUCCGAUGGAACAGAGAUGCCUUGGCCUCAUUCUCAUUCCUUCUUCUUGCCGCACCUCUUGUCACGUCGAUUGCUCUAUCCAUGAACAACUCUCUCUCCUUUCCCUUCGCCAAACCUCACCGCCUUAAGGCUUAGGGUUUCGUUCCCUCUCUUUAGCAACCAAAAAUUAGUUCACGUUAUGUUACUCACAUUAACUAUUGCUUUGUUCCUCCUUUAAAUAUCAUGCUGUAUUGUGUCUUAUUGAGAUGCUGCAUUGGAUCUACCUUUCUUCUUUAGAAUAGACAUGGUGUGGUAUUUCAUGUACAACUUUAAAUUAAAGUGAUUUUCAGAGUUAAUAUAA